AAACGUUAAUCAACUCUAUGCAGUCAGUGUCCAGUGGUCAUCUAGAGCGGCAUCCACAGACGCAGUGACCUUCAACUUGGCUCAACGCCGCUACUUUUGCAAGUUUUCCGCAUACGACAGAAUUGCCGGGCAAAAAAAAUUUCGGUUUUUAAGAGUAGGUAGGUACUACCUACCGUUAAUUUCCGUGGUAGGCUGGUUGCGCAUCAUUUCUAUCGGUGCAGCCUGUGUUAAGUGCAAUUCCUGUGUUGGAACAAACAACAGCCUUUGUGCCUUUGUGAUCUCAGUUUUGGCACACUGCACUAACAGCGUACUCAUUUGUUCGAACUCCCGAAUUUGUCAGUUAUCAGGAUAAUUAGUUUUGUUAAUCGAUUUUCUUCCAGUACUACUCGUACUGUCCUUUUUUAUACAAAAGAUUCGUUUCUAUCAUAGUAUCUGUCACUUUCGAUUCAGUUUCACAAUUUUCCCUUUCCACUAAUACCCUUUUGGCUUUUACUAAGCAUAAGCUCUUUAGACCAUGGGAAAAUCUGCAGUCUUUUUCGUUGCACUCUUAUUGGGUUUCGGCGGUAUUAAAGCAGCCGAUGUUGUCAAGCGGGAUAUAUGCUUGUCAGAUCCUGUCGGAAAUGUUGUACAAGUAGCUCUACAGAUGGGGCAGUACCUUUUUUUAGGCGCCAUGGAAGAAACCAAAAGCCUACAUUUACUGGAGAAGACAGGUAAUAUCACGGUUUUUUUGCCGACCAACGAGGCAUUUCGAAAUGUUAGCCAAGAAACCCGAGAUUUUUGGAAAAAACAUCCCGGAGCCUACAAGCAGCUAAUGAGGUACCACAUUGUCAAAGAAUUGCGACAUAAAGCUGACCUCGUCGAUGAAGCUACAUACGUAACUAUGACCAACAAGAGUUUUUCGGGUCGUUAUGUUGACUACAAUGGAUUCAGUAAAAAUAUACAGCUGUAUAACGAUGCACCGAUCAACUCCUUCGAUUACGAAGCAUCGAAUGGUGUCAUUCAUCUUUUGGAUAGCGUGGUUGGACGCAUGGCAAAGGAUACCAUAUUCGGCAUCGUCAAAAAACGCAAAGAUUUAACCAAAAUACUCAACGCGAUACAAAUAGCAAAUCUGACUUCGAUUCUAAACGGUUCGCAGCCCUACACAUUCGCUGCGCCAACGGAUAAAGCAAUCGACAAGCUUCCGUCUGGGACGUGGGAUAAAUUGCUGCAUAAUCCUGAUCAGCUCAGAGACGUCUUGAAUUACCAUGUGGCAAGUGCGGGAACAUGGAUGACUCGUGGUCUCAUAGAUAACCUCAAAAUUGCAACUUUAAACAAGAAGGCUGACUGGACAAUCCAUAUGGACAACUAUCAGAAACAUGGGAAUGAAAAAAAGUCUGGGUCGCCGGGUAGCUUUAUCAAAAUCGACCAAGCCAAAAUGAUUGCUGUGGAUUUAUCAGCGACUAACGGAGUAGUGCAUACCAUCAGCGCCGUGCUUUUUCCUCCUUCUCGUAGACGUCUGGGCCGUCGGCAUAACUGAUAAGUUGAUAACAGUUUUUUCUGCUUCUUGUCGUAGGUAUUACGGUUAUGUAUCACGCCAGUUAAAUAUAUUUUGUACAAAUGUAUUAGACUAUUAGUGGAUUACUGUAUUAGGAUUAAUUUCGAGCACUGUGUUUGUGUCAUUUUGAUCGGUACAAAAUACUAUAGAUAACUCUGUUAUUCUAUGCCCUGUCAAGCAGAAGAUAACGGAAUAAAGCUUCAUUCGCUUAUUCUAGAAAAUUCAAAGCGGAAAACCGUUUUCAGUUAAU